UGUUGAGAGAUUGAUGAUUUUUUACUCUUUCAUUUCCUCCCAUUUUUUAUUUUUUACUGGUUUUGGCCUUGAAUUGCUGCCCUUUCUAUGAGGUUGACCUUCUUUUUUUACUCCAAAGUAUUUUUUGUUUUUACCGAAAGAUUAAUGAAUAAUCUACUCAUUAAUAUGUCUGGUAGAUUAAGACGCAACUGUUUAAAGCUUUUAAUUAUUUUAAAUUUAAAAUCUUCUUUUAAUCUUUAUUUUGCCACAAAAAAUUUAUACGCAACUUUAAUUUUAUAUUUUUAUUUUAUUUUUGUACAUUUUUAAAAUCAAUUUGUUGCGCUCCUAUUUUUGUUGAAAGGGGAAAUGAUGUGCUUUUCCGCCACAUUGCCAGCAAUUUCAUUUUCCUCUAUUUUCGGCUCUAAUCGCAAUUAAUUCAAAGGUAUUUAGAGAGGAUAUUUUUGGAUUUAUAUUUUGUAUAUAUUUACAUAAACGGGCUGUGGAAUGUUUUUUAAUUGUUUGUGCUUUUUAUGGAAUAAAUAAAAAAAAUGUUAUUAUUUUUACAUAUUUAUUAUUUUUACUUCCUGCUGUUUUUAAUUCUUUUUACAAAGGAAUAAAGUCUUUUUUAAUAUCCGUGA